CUUAUUUUUACUUUCGUUUUAGUCAGAUAACAGGGCCCGACAAGGAAGCUCUUGUCGGUUGUAUUUCACGUUAAUAAUACAGUAAUCCGUUAAGGGUUUCCCGAUCACAACAUCAAGAUAUUGAUUGGAACCUUCAAGCCUUCAUAGUGUCCACACACGAUGCCCUCUACUUACCCAUGUCCGGGCAUCAGAGUGGUCAGAGGUCCUGAUUGGGCGGGGAGAGACCAAGAUGGCGGAGAAGGUCACGUGGGAACGGUUGUCAAGAUAGAGACUUCUGAUUGGGCAAAAGGAAAAGUGUCCGUUAUCUGGGACAGUGGCCGUGAGUUCCAGUACCGGGCAGGGUUUGAUGGCAAGUUCGAGCUGCUGGUGUUUGACUCAGGGCCUACAGGUGUAAAACAAAAAGGAAUAAUUUGUGACGGGUGCAGAGAUGACGAUUUUACAGGACUCCGAUGGAAGUGCAUGGAGUGCCGAGACUUCGACCUGUGUUCGGCAUGCUACAACACUGACGUACAUAACAAGGGCCACGCCUUCCUCCGAUCUCUCACGAACAACUCACCACAUGAGCGGGUUUCUCCUCGUUCUUCCACCCAAAGAAUUCAGUCUAUUGGCCUGUUCAAGGAGGCAAAGGUCAGGCGUGGACCUCACUGGACUCAACGAGUAGAUGGAAAUUCAGAUGGGGGAGAAGGGAACAUUGGUGAAGUCGUCAAAGUGGGCACGUUGACGGGAGGUUAUACUCGAGGCGCUGUCAGUGUGAGAUGGUUCGCAGACCAGAGCAGUCUGAAGGGAUACCGUGCUGGCGCUAAUGGAAAGGUCGAGGUCAUCACGGUGAAGGGGUCACAAGGCUGGAGGUACUACAAGGAGCACCUGCCUGUCCUCGAUGUUCUUCAGCCAAAUGACGUUCGGUUUAAAGUUGGGGACAAACUGAAAGUAGAGGACGAGAAAAUAUUUAGACGCGUGCAUUCAGAUCAUAAGUUCUUACACGAAGACGGCAUGACACAGUGCCUGCAGGAGAUUGGUACAGUGGUGAUAGUAAGGCGAGAUGAAGAGCGCAUCAUUCAAGCACAGUAUCAGGAUGCAGAAAAAUACACCCUCAUCAAGUCCACUUUAACGAGGCUACACACGUUUGCUGUUGGAGACACUGUGAGGAUCAUUAGCAACUACAACGCUGCCGUGGAGCUCCAGAAUGGACACGGCGGGUGGAACGAUAAAAUGGAAGACUAUCUUGGAAUGACAGGCCAGGUGGUUGAGAUCGACAAGGACGGGGACUUGAGGGUCGCCUUUGGCCAAGUCAAGUGGUUUUUCAGCCCCGUCAGCUGUGAUCCUCAGGACAGAGAAACCUUGUCUGGGUCCGGCCUCUCCGUCGGGUCUAACAGAAGCACCAGUUCAGAUUCAUCUGACGUCGACAACAUUGCAGAGGGUGUGGCCCAGGUCCUUUUCGGUCUCCUGAAACCAGGCGAGAGUGCUAUGUAUAAGCCAACGACGUCUGUCACAGCCAGGGACCUCGUCAUCGCCGUCAGCAACGGGGACACAGAAGCAGUACCAGGCAUUAUCAAGUCUAUUGGUGACAAGGUAAACGAAUCAGUGGAUGGCCUCACGGCACUGCAGACAGCGUGUUACAAAGGUCAUGCUGACAUUGCCAAGCUUCUGAUCAGCGCUAAGGCUGAUCUAAACAAGGCAGACAACGAAGGCGACACACCUCUACACUAUGCCGUAUCAGGAGAGCAGCCCACCCUAGUAGGGAUACUGCUGGACGCCACGGCACGGGGCGACACGAAGAACAACAAGGGACUGACACCAAUACAUCUGGCAGUGGCCAAGAAGAACCCCAGUGUCGAGUGCUUGAAGAGACUCAUACGGUCCAAGUGUGACCCGAACACACAGGACGAGGACGGAGAUACGCCCCUUCACGAUGCCAUCAGAACCCAGAACCAGCAUCUUCUUGACCCCUUCCUGGCGUGUGACCUGCUCAACCUCAGACUCGCCAACUCUGAUGGUUGCAACCCUUUCCAUGAAGCAUGUACGUCCCUCGCUGGGGCAACAGAGUUUCCACAAGCACUGAUAAAGAAAGACCCGAAGAUCGUCAACGUUCCCAUGAACAACGCCCUCACCCCAAUACACAUAGCAGCUUUCAGGAGCUUUGUGGCACUGGCAGGUGUCCUGGUUAAGGCUGGGUGUAACGUCAAUGCACGAGACGACAAUGGCAAGACAGCUCUUCAUCUGGCUGUGCAAGGAUGUAACCUACAGAUGGUCCAACUGCUCCUCGAGUCUGGAGCGGAAAUUAACGUACAAGACCAAGAUGGCAAUUCUCCUCUCCACGCCGCCCACAUGGACAGCACCCUGCCAGGAGCUGAGGGUUCCAAGGACGAAGACAUGGCACUGGAGAUCCGCUGCCAUCUCGCUGAACGUGGAGGAGACAUCGGGCUGAAAAACAAGGCCGGGAAGACGCCCCUUGAGUUCGUGAAAAACAAAGAAGUCCGAGCAAUGCUGGUUAGAAUUGCAAAGCGGCCUUUGUCCUCGACAAUGAGCCAGUCAAAGCGUCUUCCGGCACACUGGGAAAGCAUGGGACGAGACGGCUUUAUGAAGGUGGAGUUGAGUGAGUCCAACCCGUUGACGGCCUUUGAGUACCGGCACGUCGAGUCCAGGGUGGAGGAAACGCUGUCCAAUAAGAGCAUCCAGUCCAUCUACCGCAUCCAGAACGUGGCAUUGUGGGAACAGUAUAGCGUGGCCAAGGGCAACAUGGAACGUGAGUACGGCCGUGGUCUUGCCAAUGAAAAGCAACUCUUUCACGGAACCACACCAGACUCGGCCGAUAUCAUCCCGCACCAAAACAUCGACUUCCGGUUAGCUGGAAGUAGAGUGGGCGCCAUCUAUGGCCAAGGGGCGUACUUUGCUGUGGACGCCAAGUAUUCGGAUGGCUACGCUAAAGAAGAUGCCCGUCGUCACAGGUUCAUGUUCUUGGCUAAAGUUCUUGUGGGGAAGUCGAAGCAAGGAAACCGAGAGUUGAAACGUCCCCCAGUGUUGGAUUCCAGCAACAAAACUAAACUCGCUGACUCAGCAUGUGAUAACGAAACAAGCCCGAGAAUCUACGUGAUUUUCAGCGAAAGUCAAAUAUACCCAGAGUAUCUGAUUGAAUAUAACUGAUUGUCAUUAUGUCCGCCCUGUGUUUGUAUUGGCUCUAGAAUAGUUUUCUUAUUAUUAUGUUUACAAAUUUGAUAGUGAUUUAUAAACAAAAUGCUCCUGAUAUAGUCGGAAUCGUACCACCGAUUCUGCUUUCAGCAGAUAUCUUAUGGAUGUGAAAAGGGCUCUGUCGCUUCUAUUUAACUGAAGGGAUCUUAGAGAAAGAAAUUCAUUCACUUAUAUGACAACUGACCGGGAUCAAAGUAUUCAAAUGUAACUCAUGCGAGUCAAGAAAGGUGUAGUGCAAUCUGUCCCAGAUUUAACCAAAUUUCAAAUGUCUACGAAACUCUUUGACAGAAAAUACCUGUAUUUUGAAGAUUUUGAGGCACAUUUACUCUGUAACAACUCUUUAUGAUAGAGUUUCUGUAAUGAUCACGAAGUUUGUAAUUUACAUUCAUACUGAAUAAAUAUCAAAUUGAUAUGUACAAUAUGAUCCAUUAAUGCAUAUGCGUAAGGUCGACUAACGAGAUCGGGUGGUCAGGCUCGCUGACUUGGUUGAUGCAGGUCAUCGUAUCCCAAUUGCGCAGAUCGAUGCUCAUUAUGUCAAUCACUGGAUUGUCCGGUCUAGUCUCGAUUAUUUACAGACCGCCGUCAUAUUAUAGUUGGAAUAUUGGAUAGCGGCGUUAAACAACAAACAAAGCAUAUGGGCAAGGAGUUUUACAAUACUGCCGAAGACAGAAUAACUUAUGUUAUGGUCAACCAUAUUUUGACAUGGCUGUUGGGCGGAGAGGUAUGUGUGGCUAGUCGAUCAAUGCAUUACACCGCUAGGGUGUGUAGUGUCCAUUGUUUCGGCAUGUGCUUUUCGUUAUAACUAUUUGUAUGUAUUUACAAGUGUCGAGGUUGAACGAAAUGAUGUGGACGAGAGGGGCGUAAAUCCUGGGUCAGGGUUUUACAUUAUUGUGUAAAGUGCAUCGUGUUCGUCGUUUACGUGGUGUAGAUAGGUUCCCCCUCCCCCCAUCCCUCUGAGGAUGAUAUGGAUUCAACGUUCGAGGAAGACAUAUCGCCCUCAAUGCCCUGGGUCGCUAACGUAUACAUUGUUGAUUAUUCUCAAUACCUGUACUCGGUUACAAUGAUGCGUGCCACGUGUAACUCCCUGUUGUUUGUCUUCCAUAAUUCAAUCAUUUGUAUGAUAAUAUAUUUACUGCAUGCUAUAAUACAAUACAUGUAAUUGUGCCUAUUUAACUCUCAACACUUUUUCUUCGGUCAGGAGCUUUUCAAACUUGUCCAUUGUUGGAAGUUCAUAAAAAAGGGUUUAAUAUAGUUCUUACGAAGAACAUAAAUGUUUGUCCUCAAUUGCAGUAGUAUUUCCCUCAGGCAGAAUACACUUAGUCUUUAUAAUUAUUAUUGACCAGUUUCAAUUAGCAGAUUAAAAUUGUUGCGUCGGAAUUUCGCUAUUAAAGUCCGAAAUAUGAAGUGGUAAGUCCAGUGUUAGAUAUAGUUCGACAUCAAGAAGAGAUUUGAUGCAUUAUAUGUACAUGCAUAUGAACAUUUUCGGUUCGAAUAAAGUGAUGAUUGGCAGUCCUGAACAAGAUUAUCUUUAAGUCUUUGUUUGAAUUCUGAUAAGAAGUCGGUGUUCCCCAAUGUUUCAAUACUGUUCCAAAAUCAGGUUUAAGCAAAAUAUUUUGUAUCUUUGUUGCCGAGUUUUGUCGUCAAGCAUCUCGGGUAAAUUUCAACAUUCUGUAAGGUUGAUGUGGUAGUUUAGAUGUAUCCAUGUGAGUGAUUGUGCACCAAUAAUUGUUCUCUUUUUUUGUACAUACAAGUCGCAGACAUAUGCAUUCUCCUGACACCAUUGCAAAUCAUAUACUAUAAUUAUGGUUAUAUUACUUUCAGACUUCAAUUUGAAAGCAUUAUAAUAAAUAUAGAAAAACU